ACAAAACCGACGAAAGAGCGGAAGGCUUUCAUCACGAGCCCCGGAUUCAGACCAGACGGACGACAUCACGAAAAACAGCCUUGGUUUAACAACGCACGAGGUGUAGCAGCAACAUGUCUGACGAGGGAAAACUGUUCGUCGGUGGACUUAGCUUCGACACAACGGAGCAGUCCCUUGAAGAAGCUUUCUCUAAGUAUGGGGUUAUCUCUAACGUUCACGUCGCCAGACAUCGGGACACUCAGCAACCGCGUGGCUUUGGUUUCGUCACAUUCGACAACCCGGAAGAUGCAAAAGACGCCUUGGAUAGAAUGAAUGGAGAGUCUGUCGACGGCAGACAGAUCCGCGUGGAUAAGGCCGGAAAGCCUGGUGGUGGCGGUGGCGGCGGCGGCGGCGGCGGUGGCUACCGUGGCGGCGGAGGCGGUGGAUACGGUGGAGGCUACCGAGGUGGUCGUGGCAGAGGAGGCGGAGGAUACGGAGGUGGCGGUGGAUACGGAGGCGGCGGUGGAGGCUGGUGAUCGUGGAUAACGUUAAUGCAGACCAAAAACAACCAGGCACAUCUUACUGCAGCGCAACUUUUAAAGCAGGAUGCAGUAAGCAGAACGCUGACCAAUCUCUUGGACUAUAAUACAUAACUCUGCGUAAGGGUCCCUGGAUAAAUAAAUACAGCUUGUAAAUUACAUGCGUGUGUCUACAAACGUUCCUCAGGGAUCAAAUUUCCAUGAACAGGAAAUAAGCCCUGGCUGUUAUAUAAUGCAAUGUGAUGUGAAAAUGGUUCAAAAUAAAGACUAAAAGUGA